AUGGCAGCCAAAGAGUACCACGACGCCAUCCGCAGACAGAAGAGUUCGCAUUGGAACGACUUCCUGGCCGAUGACGCUAACAUCUGGCAAGCAACGAAGUACCUGCAAACCGGCAGCGGCACGAUGGGCGAUAAGAUACCCCCGCUCGUCCGACCCGAUGGCUCCAUCACGGAGGGUAAAGCAGAACAAGCGCAGGAGUUACUCACCGCCUUCUUCCCACCUUUGCCAGCGAGAAUCGAAGACGAGGGCCAACGACCUCAACGGGCGCCGGUACACAUGCCAGACCUAACAAUGGAGGAGAUAGAACAAAAGGUCCUGUCCGCUAAGCCAUGGAAGGCGCCCGGGGAAGACGGUCUACCGGCAAUGGUAUGGAGACAGCUCUGGCCAGUGGUCAAAGACAGGGUGCUCCAUUUAUUCCGGACGUCACUUCGAGACGGCGACAUCCCCAGCCAGUGGAGGAAUGCCAAGAUCAUCCCAUUGAAGAAGCCAGGGAAGAGCGAAUACACUCUAGCCAAGUCCUGGAGACCCAUCUCGCUGCUCUCCACGCUGGGUAAGAUACUGGAGGCAGUCAUUGCGGAGCGUUUAUCCCAUGCUGUGGAGACCUGCGGCCUUCUACCCGCCAACCACUUCGGAGCCAGGAAGAGACGCUCGACCGAACAGGCUCUCCUUCUGCUUGAGGAACACAUCUACAAAGCAUGGAGAGCUAGGAAAGUGCUCAGUCUGAUCAGCUUCGAUGUCAAGGGCGCAUACAAUGGGGUCUUCAAAGACAGGCUUCUCCAGAGGCUCAAGGCAAGAGGGAUACCUGAAUCCCUGGUCAAGUGGAUCGACGCCUUCUGCUCCAAGCGCACAGCGACCAUUGCCGUAAACGGGUUCACAUCUGGACGGCAAGAGCUGCCCCAAGCGGGUCUUCCGCAAGGAUCGCCACUGUCUCCAGUGUUGUUCCUCUUCUUCAACGCCGACCUAGUGCAGCACAAGAUCGACGCGAACGGAGGCGCAAUUGCCUUCGUGGACGACUACACUGCCUGGGUAACGGGCCCGUCAGCGGAGUCGAACCGCACUGGAAUCCAAGCUAUCAUCGACAAAGCCCUUGACUGGGAGAAACGGAGCGGUGCGCAGUUUGAAGGCGAAAAGACAGCCAUCAUACACUUCACGAGGAACAUGGAGCGAUUUUCAGAACAACCGUUCUCGGUCAAAGGCGAAGUGGUCAAACCGAAGGAAAGUGCGAAAAUCCUAGGUGUCGUGAUGGAUCGCGAACUCCGCUACAAGCAGCACAUUGCUAGGACGGCAGCUAAGGGCCUCGCAGCCGCUCUGGCCCUGAAGAGGCUGAAGAUGCUUUCCCCGCGGACAGCGAGACAGCUAUUUGUUGCGACAGUAGCCCCGGUCAUGGACUACGCUGCCAAUGUCUGGAUGCAUGCGUGCGGGGAAAAGGCACUGAGCUGGCUGAACAGGGCGCAGAAGAUCGGGGCCCUGGCCAUCACGGGAGCCUUUCGAACCGCGGCAACAGCCGUGGUGGAAGCUGAAGCGAGCAUCUACCCCGUACGAGAACGACACGCCCAGGCGGCAGCCAGUCUGUGGAUCAACAUCCACACGCUGCCCGGAACGCAUCCCCUUGCCAUGAAGAAAGUCCGGACCACCGUACGAUUCGUAUCUCCGCUGCAGAAAAUUGCCCGCGUGGCCGAAGGAGUACGAGUUGACCGGAUGGAGACAAUCCAGGAAUACGCCGUCCCACCCUGGGUACCUCGCCUACGACCGACGCUCGAAGCCGAUCGAGGGAAGGCGGCCGAGAUGGUCAACAAAAUUUCGGGAAUCGUGAUCGCAACCAGCUCAUCCGUAAAGAAGGGCAUUGUUGGCAUGGGCGGCCUUGCACGGGAUACUCUCUUCAACAGAACUAGCGAGACUGUGACAAACUAUGCUGUUGUUCUUGGGACAAGGGAAGAGCAGAACCCAUAUACAGCAGAGCUAGCAGCCAUCGCAAUGGCCCUGGAGAAGUUACCGGCUAGCAUCUGCCACAGGCACAUCACCGUGAUCACUAGGAACCAGUCAGCGCUGGCAGCAGUUGGACAGCCGCGGCAGCAAUCCGGCCAAAGCAUCAUACGGCAAAUCUACGACUUGGCCAGGCUGCACCGACAAAGAGGGAACUCGGUCAACUUUCUGUGGAUACCAGCGGAGAUUGACUUCGCGCUGGGGUCAGAUGCCAAGGCAGCAGCCCAGAGAGCGUCGAAGCAAGGACGCACACCCGACUCCCAAAUACCCCAGGCCAAGUCUACCGCGAUGAGGCUGGCAAUGGAAAGACAACGGGCGACAAGAGUUCUACCUGUAAGCGUGGGCAAGUUCUCAAAGGCCAUGGACGCAGCACUACCAGGCAAGCACACGCGCCAUCUCUAUGACAAGCUGAAGCGAAGGGAGGCCUGCGUAUUGGCGCAGCUCUGA